GUCAUAAGCAGUCAAGUCGUAAGCCAACCAGUUCCGGAGAGAAGACGAUCGAAGGGUUGAGGACUUGAGAACAGUGGUUAUAUUAAUCGUGGUGAGGUUCCCUGCCGACCUAUUUCGGUGCUACUCACCGUACCCAGUGGCUUUCGUUUAAAUGGUUAUUCGACCAAUAUAGCGCGUACACGAUUAGAAGGAAUAUGAACCUUGAACUGCUGGAAUCGUUUGGCCAGAACUACCCAGAGGAAUUUGAUGGAGCUUUGGACUGCAUCAGCUUGGCAGUCACAUGUGCUUUCAACAAGCGUGGAACGCUUCUGGCUGUUGGCUGCAACGACGGUCGGAUUGUCAUCUGGGACUUCUUGACACGAGGCAUUGCCAAGAUCAUCAGUGCGCACGUGCACCCUGUGUGCUCCCUCUGCUUCAGUCGGAACGGUCACAAGCUGCUUAGUGCUUCCACAGACAACAGCGUCUGCAUCUGGGAUGUGCUCUCCGGAGAGUGUGAUCAGAAGUAUCGGUUUCCAUCUCCGAUUUUGAAAGUGCAGUUUCAUCCCAGGAAUGACAAAACAUUUCUUGUGUGCCCCAUCAAGCAUGCCGCAGUGCUUGUGCACAUGGACGGUGCUCAUUCGACCAUUCCUCUGGAUGAUGAGUCUGACCUGAACAUUGUGGCUUCGUUUGACAGACGGGGAAAUCAUAUCUACACAGGCAAUGCCAAGGGCAAGAUACUUGUGGUUUCAAUCACUGAUCUUGCCAUGAAAGCAUCCUUUCGAGUGACUACUGGAACUUCAAAUACCACCGCCAUUAAGUCUAUUGAGUUUGCCAGGCGUGGAGAUUUUUUCUUAGUCAACACUGCCGACAGAAUCAUCCGAGUCUACAACGCAAAUGAAGUGAUGACUUUCGGCAGAGACGGUGAGCCAGAACCAAUCCAGAAGCUACAGGACCUGGUGAAUAAGACCAUGUGGAAGAAGUGUUGCUUCUCAGGGGAUGGAGAGUACAUCUGUGCAGGCUCGGCACGUCAGCACGCACUCUACAUCUGGGAGAAGAGCAUCGGCAACUUGGUCAAGAUCCUCCAUGGAACCAAAGGGGAGCUGCUCCUUGAUGUUGUGUGGCACCCUGUGCGUCCAAUCAUUGCCUCGAUAUCCAGUGGAGUAGUGUCCAUCUGGGCACAGCCACAAGUGGAAAACUGGAGUGCCUUUGCUCCGGAUUUUAAAGAGCUGGACGAAAACGUGGAGUACGAAGAGAGGGAGAGUGAAUUUGAUCUGGAGGACGAAGACUCGAGCCCGCCGCAGCACACUGAGAAAGAGGAGGAAGAUGGAGAGGUGGACGUGGAGACGGUGGAGCCCAUCAUUGCUUUCUGCAGCAGUGACGAGGAAGGGGAGGACACCAGAGCCCUGCUGUACCUGCCCAUUUCGCCCGAAAUCGACGAGCCGGAGGAAGGCUGGGGUCAGCCGCCCGAGUCUAUUAUUGAGGAUACAUCUGCAAAGAGGCCCAGCUCCCAAAGUGACUCCCCAAAGAAGAAAAAGCCCAAGGUUUACGACAUUGAUCUCAAAGACGCACCAAUGGGGGAAACCCACCCACUACUCAGCUCUAAGGUGAAAGACAAGAACCAACAGCCCCGAAAGCCACGCCAGAAACCCAGCAAAUCCGGCGCUGCCUACGGCCAGGAAGCCAAAUCUCCACGGGCGAAGUUAUCAAAGCUAAAAGACAUCGACGGGGCAAGUUUCGAAGGAUCAAACUCACCAGCGUAGUAGCAGUGUUAGCGGACCCGUCAAUCAUUUGUAUAUCUUCCAUGCCAUCGUGUAUUUUUCGUUGUGCUGAUUUUAGAAUUUUGAUUUUUUUAAAUAAAAUGCUCCCUAUAUUUUAUUCCUACUG